CACUUGUAAAUGUCGAUGCUCGUUCAUUGACUAUCUGUCAGCAAUGUGACACAAGAAAAUUUCUGCUCUAUUUUCCCCAAUGAAAAAUUCGAAGUGGUCUCUUUUAAAUGAAGCAUUCAAGAUCAUCGAAUCACGGCUCAGUGAAAAGGAUUUUUGGAACUGAAUGGAGCACGAACAAUUUGUGCGCCGGCUGAUUAAUUUUAUCGUCAGGUCUCACGAACUACGAACACAAUGAACGACUCAUCUAAAACUCUUGCACUGGUGGUUUCCGCGAUCAAAAAUCUUCGCGAAAUAAAGGGGUCAACGACACGCGAGAUUCUACGUUAUCUUUGCUCUGUAUACAACAUUCCAGUCCAAGUUGCACGACGACAAAUGCAAGCAGUGCUGAAGCGUGGCGUGGCAUACGGUAUUUUCAAGAAUAACGGUGGUCAUUACGUUUUGCCACUUAGCUAUGAUUCGAAAGGUAAGGAGAUCGCGUCCCAGGAGCUCAAUUUAUUAGAUAUCUGUCGCAAGAAGCGAUCGCGAAACUUAGCUUGCAAAUGCAAGAAGAAGCGACGACGGCGUCGACGUAAAAGGAGUAUGAAAAGUUGCAAAUGCAAAAAGAGAAGGAGCAGAAGCCGAAGUGGUAGAAAGAGGAGGAGAAGAAUGAGCGGGGGUUGCAGACGGAGGAGCAGGAGGAGCAGGGGUUGUAAAAGGAGAACGAGGAGAAGGAGUAUGAGCUGCAGACGACGCAGAAGGAAGAAAUGCCGAUGCGGUGGUUUAGGAAAUAAGGACGAUCAGAAUCGAAUGAAAAAAGCUGAAACACAACGAGCAGCCCAAGAUUUAACAGACGACAAGGCCUUUGACGUGCUAGCUAAGAACGAUGAUUCCGAGUAUAGCGAAUGUAAUUCAGUAUCUACUAUUUCUUCAGCAGCUGAGUGAAACCGUAUGGAUUUUUGGAAACUGUUUACAAUGUUAUAUAAAAUUAUUCACGAGUCACGCGAGACAGAUGGUCGAAGAUACGCCAAGAUUAGAAACACUUUAUAUUACUUCUACGAAUUUUUGUGAUCUUUUAUCUUGAUUUAAUCGUUGCGUUUUUGAGCUUAUUUUUGUUUUACACGCUUCCUGUAUAUUUUUUUUAGAUUUGAGAAUGUACUGAUAAACAAAAAGAUAUCUGACAUGUUUCUAAAAUUCUAUUCAAGAUAUGCGUCAUGUAUAAUAUUAUUCUAUGAGGAAAGUAUGCGUUUGUCAUUUGGACUUUUAACGAAAUUUCUAGUUUGGUUGUAACAAUGUAUUAAUAAACAAACUAUUUUGCACUA